AUGGACGACUUCCCCAAAAACUUGAUUAUCGGAAUCGUCGUCUCCGCCGUCGUGGUCGUAGUAUCCAUUUGUCUCAUUUACUAUCUCGCCCUCAACUGGUCCAAGCUGGUUCGCCGAGUUGCACCCAACCGCUUUGCGGAACCGCCAAGCGAAAAGACAGAAUGGCCGCAGCUGGGAAAAUCCGUCGAGACCGACUUUUCACCAACGUCCUCGUCCAUAUCCUCACCUAGAUCGUCGAGGAUGAGCCCCGACCCGGUGAUCAGUCACUUUAAAUCCGAUGACGGCGAACCAAUUACACCCCCUCCCAACGUAAAGGCAUAG